AUGGCGACUGUUGUUGUCAUUCCAGGCUCAUUUGCCCCUCCAUCUAUGUACGACAGCCUAGUCGAGAGUCUUUCUCGCAAUGGAAUCCAGUCUGAAGUCGUUGAUCUCCCAUCCGUUGGACGCCGACAAGAUAUGCCACCGGCUACGAUGGCAGACGAUGUCGAGAAGAUUGUGUCCGUGGUAGAAAAGAUCCUUGAACAAGAUCGAGAGGUUUUCAUUCUGACUCACUCUUAUGGUGGGGUUCCUGGGACUCAAAGCCUUGAAAAGCUCUCCUGCAAAGCUCGACAGGCUGAAGGGAAGAAGGGCGGAGUUGGCAAGAUUAUAUAUAUGUCGGCAGUUGUGCUACCCGUUGGUGGAGCUGUUUUGGCACUACUAGAAGCUCCUGAGUUUCUCAAGAUUGAGGAUGAUUACAUGACCCUGGAGCCUAAAUGCGCACCAUUUGUAUACUCGGACCUUCCACCCGAGGAGGCCUUGAAGUUGGCAAAAGCUAUGCCUCAGCAUUCAACAGCGGCCUACAGGGAUCAGUUGACCUACGCAGGCUAUGAGGAUGUCGAAGUUCAUUACAUAGUCUGCGAGGAAGAUAAGCUUAUUCCUCCAGUCUAUCAAUACGGCAUGGUCGAUUUUCUGAAGGGUGCAGCUAAAGGAGAGGUUAGAUUGCACAAGCUCCAGAGUGGCCAUGCGCCUAAUAUCAGCCAGCCGGAUAAUAUCACCAGAAUUGUGGAGGAAGUAAUUGGAAAGAACUAA